CUUUGUGGACUUUGAAAAUUUUUUGUUUGUUAGUUAUCCGUCCCUAAAAAGAAAGGGACGGAGCGGGCCCUAACGCUUUGGAGGCGGCCCACAUCACUUUGAAAAGAAAUCAUCAGUAAUUAUAGAGUGACCACUGUGUGUGAGUGUGUGUAGCGGAAUGAAGGUGCGAAUAUGGAUUGGGUAGUGUGUCGGGUGUGCUACACAUUUGGUAUUGAGGUUGACUUGAUGGCGCGGUCGGCAGCGGCGGUGUCGCGGUUAGGUGGUAGCGUGGCCCCGCAGAGUUGCCAGGUGGUGGUGUUUACCUCAACAUGGCGGAGUAUGGGGAGGGGGCGGAGGGGAGGCGGAAAUGGUUCAUCCCUUACGAGAAAAAAGUGUUGACAGCUUUGAUCGAGCAGCACAAAGAUGUAGUAGAGUGCAAGAAAAGAGACGGUGCGUCCAAUAGAGAGAAAGAGAAGGUGUGGGAGGUGAUAGCGGCCCAGUUUUCGGCUCAUCCUUCCACCCAGGCCAGGACCAGCCGGGAGCUGAGGCGCUGCUGGGAGAACAUGAAGGCCAGGGCUAAGAAGGCUCUUGACAGUGACCGAGCCACACGGGAGGGAUCUGAGGAUGGACGCUCGGUACCUUCAAGUAUCACUCCGGAAGCAGAAGCUGUUCUCAGUGUCAUCAGCCCAUAUGAUGAAGUUAAGAAUGGAGUGAAUUCACAGGAUAUGGUUCCAGAUUGUAUGAUACCUGAAACCUCCACCAGUUCUCAUCUUAGAAUGGAGAGUUACCAGAUUGGGCAGUCAUCUGCAUCAGAAACUUCUCAAAGUCAUGAACAAACAUCAUACUAUGAAAAGUCUGCAUCAGAUUUAACACCAAAUAUUGGGCCAUCUAAGAGAACUAGAAAACAAAAGAUGGAUCAGCUGUGUGAUGAAGACAUAUUGUUAGCACAGCUGCAGAUGCAGCAAGCUCAGCUUUCAAUAGAAAAUUUACGAUUAGAAAGGAAAUGUUUGCAAGAAAGGUGUCAGCAGCAGCGAGAGGCCCAUGAGUGGCAACGUGCGCAGCAUGAGGCCAACCUGAACCUGGCCAUGCUGCAGAUAAAAUUUUGGGAAAAAAAAACUGGAUAUGGAGACAUGGAAACUUAAAUGUGGUAUUUGGUCCACACCCAUACAAAAGAGGCAGUAUGUGUAUAUAUACUAUAGAAAUGUAGAAAUGGCCCUAUAAGUGUCAGUACUACUGGAUGUGUACCUGAAACUAUUGAAACUAGCUUUUAUUAAUUUCUAUGACUAUAUAUUACUAACGGUGAACAUUUAGAUACAGUGGAACCUCUCUUACAGAAUACUCCUUUUCAAACAAAUUUUUUUUUAACAAAAUUUCGAACUCGUAAUUAUUUUUGUUACUGUGCCAUAGUUUGGUUCUCGUACAAAGUUACUUGAUUUCAAAUACUAGAAGAUGAAGGAAGGGAUGGCGUUUAUUACUGAUUUAUAGGUUUUAUAAAUAUUUCCUUACCCACAGUGAUUCAGUCUUUAAGAAAAGAAGUUAAUGGGAACUUAUUGAAGAGCCUUAAUGUAAAGAGUUUUUAGUGCUCAUUAGUAGUCCCAAGCCACUUGUGGCUCUCUCGAUAGCAUACAACAUCAUCAUUACUGUACAGCUGCAUUUUCCCAAUUAGUUUUUCUCACUAGGUAGACUUCAAAGUGUUAUGAUCACCUUUAUUUUUGUUGACUUUCUCCUCUCUGUGUUUUAUAAGGGUGUAGACACACUUCAUGCAAUUCACUGAGAGGGUAGAGGACAGCGGAAUGCUUAGUGGGUUAGAGGCAAGAACAAACCAAAGUAUUAUUGAAUAUGAGUGGCCAUAUUGGAUUCAAAUAGCAAGUUCCCUCCAAGUUUAUCUGCUGUGACCACUCAUAUAUGAUAACAUGUGUUUGUUCUUGCCUCUAACCUGCUAGGCAUCCCACUACCCUUUACUCUCCCAGCAAAUCGUGUGUAACGUCUUAUUACCCUAAGGCUUUUCUUCACCAGAUCAGUGAUAACCUAGAGAAUACCUGCAUGGUCUGAACAGUAUCUUCUGAUGAAUUUUGUGUCACUAAGCUCAUUCAUUACAUCCUUUCCUGAUAGAUCAUUUAUGAGCUGGACAUGUUGUAGAGCAGCCAUCAUGGUGAUGAUAAUGGUCUGUCAGGAGCUGCAGUAACAGGUUGUACAGGUGUCUGGAAAGGAACUAAUCUGUUUUUACACUGAUUGCUUUGUGAAAAUAGUUUCGGUUUCUGAACAUUUUGGAUUUUGAAUGUUACUUAGGGAUUAAUUAUAUUUGAGAACAAAGAUUCCACUGUAGGUAGAUGUCAGGCCAUUAGCUGUUUAUGUUAAAUUAAAAUAUCUUGUAUUGUAUUUAUUAUUUUAGUCAGAUUUUUAUGCUCUAUUUUUUUUUCAAAUUGUAUUUGUUAGCACCGUGGAUGUAAUCCAUGUAAAAUUGUUCUGAUAGAUUGACACAAAUAUGUAAUUCUUGAAUGGCAUUAGGAUUAAUCAGUUAACAUACAUUCAUCAGUUUUACUUUCUGUCCCCUAAUCCAUGGAAUAGUCUGUGAGCUGGCACCCAUAGAAUUCUGAGUCGUCCUCUUUACUAGUAUCAUAAUUUUUUUUCCCUUGCUUAUUUCAGCGCUCACAUUCCUCUAUGUUCCUUCACUUUAAGUAGUCUACUAAUAGUCAUAUCACAAGAUGAAACAAUUACUCCAGGAUUUCAGUGUCUGGUUUUGCUAGUAUAGUCAGCAUCAAUUUUUGUGUCAUUGCAGACUGUGAUUGGCAUGUCAUAUAUCACUUCCUAAUGGUUGGGAAAAGACCCCUCAGUGUCAGUGAGGUCAAGAUGAUACCUGGCUGCCCACCAAACACCCUUGACGUAUCACUCAUUGAGAACCUCUGGGUCAUUCUCAAGGUUAAAAUAAGAGAUGUCUCCACACUUGAAGAAUUAGAGACUGAGCUUUGUUGAAUGUGGAGUUCCAAAUUAUCACCAUCUCUGACAAAUAUUAAAAAAACACAAAGGUCAGUCUAUAAACAAAUAGAGGGUUAUUAAACAAAGCUUCUGAUUAUUUGUUUUAUUGUUAUUUUAGUGUAAUAGAAAUCUUGUUUUGUAUGUUGUUUUGUUGAAACAUCAACUGAUUUUGACCAUAUAAUGGUAAUACUACCAUCUCUUUCACAUGGUUAUUACUAUCAGAUUUAAGCUUACUUCUAAUGUUCAUAAAAUAAACCUGUGUAUGAAUAGAAGUUAAGGCAUGGUAUAGUUUUAAUGAGUUAAAAGUCUGUCAAUAUUGUCCUUUAAGUGGAAUGUCUGACAUCUAUAGGUCCAGUGAAACACUUAUUUUGUUCAAUUUGAUGAUGUGUCAUGCUGAGGAUUUGUGUGAUGUUUGUUGAAAAUUUCUUGUGGGAAACCUUGAAACACCAUCUGUUAGCAGCAAAAAUGGUGAAAAAUGUACAAUAAUAUGGAAGCAGGUCUUUAUCUCACACAUUCUUUGAGAUAAUUAUAUAUCACAAGCUUUCUUGGACAAGAUUUUAUUCCAUUUUAUUUUAUUGUUGUUAUAAUUAUUAUUUUUUUAUUCUUAUUUUUAUUUUCAUUUACAUGCAUUAAUAUACUCACCCCCAUGUUUUGUUGAGGCAGUAGACAGCUGUUCAAUAUACAGUGGUGUCUCACUGGGAUGACUUAACACAUUGAUGUUGACUAUACUCAUAGAGACCUGUGAUAAUUCUUUGAUGCUGUAUUUGCAAAAGUAUCAUACUGUCUACAGAUCAAACCACACUUCUGUAAAAGAAAUAUUGUAUCUAACUAUAUACUGUAUAUCUGUAUAUUCCUGUACAAUGGUAUAACUUUGUAUCAAAUAUCAGAUGGUGCUCUGGCUAUAUGUAGAUUUCUGCUUCUUAGAAGUGGUUACUAAUUUUCAUAUUAUAUUUCUGAGAGCUUAUA